AAGAAAAAGCCAAAAGCAAAUAGUUGAUAUUCUCAUAACCAGAUGGCUGUACUUACGUUUUUCUCUCCAUCGACUUACCGGUUUCCGCCACAACAUUUUCUGUGGAAAGGUUUUAUUAUUAUUGUUUCAAUUUAAUUAAUUUUCUCACUUUGAUUUAUUCCAAUAACAAUUAACACUGUCACCCGUUCUACUCACCAAUACAACCUUAAAUUGUGCCAACAUACUGGAGAUACACAAUGGAUUUAAUAACCAUUUUGGGUAAAACUAUAUCACCUGAUCCAAAUGAGCUCCAAGCAGCUGAAAGAUUCCUCGAACAAGCGGCUCUUACUAAUUUUGCUGAGUUUCUAAAAGCCUUAUCAGAUGUAAUCGUCAAUGUUAAUAAUGACCGAAACGCUCGGACAGCCGCUGGUUUGCAACUCAAAAAUGCCCUCACUUCAAAAGAUCCAGACUUAAGAACGCAAUACCAAAUUAGAUGGUUGAAUCUUCCCGAAGAUGUCCGAAUCUAUGUCAAAAGAAAUGUUGUUAAUACACUUGGUACUGAGUCAAGUCGACCCUCAUCCGCGGCACAAUGUGUUGCCUACAUAGCUAUAGCUGAAUUACCACAUAAAAUGUGGCCUGAUUUGAUCGGUAUAUUAACUCAAAAUGUCACCAAUCCAUCUAGUACGGAAAUGAUGAAAGGAUCAACUCUGGAAGCAAUCGGCUAUAUCUGUCAAGAUAUUGAUCCCGAAGUGCUUGUGUCUCAGUCCAAUGAAAUUUUAACAGCCAUAGUCCACGGAAUGAGGAAAGAAGAAACCAAUACACAUGUUAAAUUAGCUGCAACAAACGCACUUCUCAACUCAUUAGAGUUUACCAAAGCCAAUUUUGAUAAAGAUUCAGAAAGACAUUUUAUAAUGCAAGUUGUUUGUGAAGCAACACAGUCAGAAAAUAUGCAGGUCAAAGUAGCUGCACUUCAGUGCUUAGUGAAAAUAAUGUCAUUGUAUUAUCAAUAUAUGGAGCACUAUAUGGGUCCAGCACUAUUUGCCAUUACAAUGGACGCGAUGAAAAGUGAUAUAGAUGAGGUAGCACUUCAAGGUAUUGAAUUUUGGUCAAAUGUUUGUGACGAAGAGGUUGACUUAUCAAUAGAAGCCUCCGAAGCAAGCGAAAGAGGCCGUCCACCAACUCGAACUUCGCGAUUUUACGCAAAAGGUGCACUCCAAUACCUAGUUCCAAUUUUGAUGCAAACUUUAACAAAACAAGAAGACGGAGAUGAUGACGAUGAAUGGGUACCAUGUAAAGCAGCAGGAGUUUGUUUAAUGCUCAUGGCAAGUUGCUGUGAAGAUGAUAUAAUUCCUCAUGUACUGCCUUUUGUUAAAGAUAAUAUCAAAAAUCAUGAUUGGAGACUCCGAGAUGCUGCGGUUAUGGCGUUCGGAUCCAUUUUAGAAGGUCCUGAUCCAACCAAUUUAAAACCAAUUGUUGAACAAGCAUUACCAACUUUAAUAGAGCUCAUGGAAGAUGGUUGUGUUGUUGUUAGAGACACAGUCGCCUGGACUAUCGGAAGAAUUUGUGAAUUAAUUCCUGAAGCUGUUCUGGGUAACUCGCUUGAUGCACUUAUUAGUACUCUUCUUAAAGGUUUGCAUGCUGAGCCAAGGGUGACAGCAAAUGUAUGCUGGGCAUUCAAUUCUCUCGCUGAAGCGGCAUACGAUGAAGGUAGUGAGGGUCAAGAACCACAAACCUAUGUUUUAUCCAAAUAUUUCGAUUAUAUUGUCACCGAACUACUAAAAACAACAGAAAGACCUGAUGCCGGUCAAGCUAACCUAAGAUCAGCGGCUUAUGAAGCUUUAAUGGAAUUGAUUAAGAAUAGUACAACCGACUGUUAUCCUUAUGUUCAGAGAGUAUCAACCAUCGUUCUGGGUCGACUUCAACAAAUCCUCCGCUAUGAGUACCAAUCUGGUGCUAUCAGUAAUAGCAACGAUAGAGCUAUUUACAGUGAGCUUCAGUCAUUACUAUGUGCAACUCUUCAAGCAGCCCUGAGAAAAUUAAAACCAGAAGAUGCUCCUCAGAUCUCGGAUGCCAUCAUGACAGCCCUUCUCCAAAUGUUUAGCUCAUCUGUUAAAACAGGCGGUGUUCAAGAAGAUGCCCUCAUGGCUGUUGGUACCUUGGUCGAAGUGCUAGGUGAAGGUUUUCUCAAAUAUAUGGAUGCGUUUACACCUUUCCUGGCCUUGGGUCUUAAAAACUUUCAAGAAUAUCAAGUGUGCAACGCUGCAGUUGGACUUGUUGGUGAUAUCUGUCGAGCAGUCGGAGGUAAAAUCUUGCCUUAUUGUGAUCAAAUUAUGCUUCAAUUAUUAGAAAAUCUCUCAAAUGAAGGUUUACACCGAAGUGUAAAACCUCAAAUUUUAAGCGUAUUUGGAGAUAUCGCACUGGCUGUUGGACCUGAAUUUAAAAAAUAUUUACCAGUAGUUUUAUCAACUCUAGCAAGAGCAUCUCAAGUUCAAGUGGAUCGAAAUGAUUAUGAUUUAGUAGAUUACAUGAAUGAGUUAAGAGAAAAUUGUCUCGAAGCUUAUACUGGAAUCGUCCAAGGAUUAAAAGGAGAUAAAGAACAACCGAAUCCCGAUGUUAAUUUGCUCAGUGAACAUGUUUCUCAUAUGGUUCAAUUCAUAAUGGUUGUCGCAUCAGAUACUGAGAUAACUGAUAAUCUAGUGGCUGCGUGUGCUGGUUUGAUAGGUGAUUUAUGUUCUGCUUUCGGUAAUGCGGUUGUCCAAGUCCUGGACAAUGAAGUAAUUCAUCAGUUACUUGCUAAAGGAAAACAUUCAAAAACAUCAAAGACAAGAUUACUUUCUACUUGGGCUAUAAAAGAAAUUCGUAAACCCAAAAUGCCCAUGUAAUAAUAUCUCUCUUCCUGAUAAACAAAAAAUGAAAAACUUUAUUUCUGAUGCGAUCGAAAUUAAAAUAAACUCAACCUUCACUCAAUCACACACAUACAUAAACACAUACACACACCAUCACCAAAUCCACAAAACCAACCACUCCACCACCAUACAUGCCACAACCACAGUCACCAAAACAAUUACCACCACAACCACAACCACAACCACAACACCAACAACCAACCACCACCAACACCACCACAACCGCUAUAAACAACAACAACAACAACAACAAGAAACAAUUGUAACAACAUUAUAAUGAAAAGAAUGCUAAAUAAUGUUGGUGAUGAUGAUAAAUCAAUUUGUUUUUGAUUAAAUCAAAUGAGCGGUACUUUUGGUGAUUCUGUUGAUAUAAAUAAAUAUGUUUGUUAAUUGUGAGAAAGUUAACUAAUCAACAAUCAAACCAAAUGAUACGAAAUAACUUUUCACUUUGUAAACAAUUAGUUUCCUGAUUGUUAAUACAUUUAAAUGAAGCAUGAAAUUGGAGCCAAGAAAAUCCAAGAUCAAGUAUAAUAAUAACUACGAGCCAUAUUCACGAACCGAGAUUAAGUAUAAUUAAUUAAUAUCAAAUUGAAUUGAUUCAAUUCCUAAUUUUUUUAUUUCACAAAAUGUAAAUCAAAUCAAAUUUCGCAGCUUUUUUUUUGUUAGAUAUAUAAAUGUAAACAAUUAAUUUAAUCUCGGUUGGUUAACAUGGGCCUUAGUUAAUUAUCAAUGAUUUUUAAAAACAUGAAAAAAAAACAGAUCAAACUGAUUUAUGACUAAUUUUUAAUUCAGUUAAAGGUUCGGCCAAUGAUCUUUAUCAUUGAGAAUCAGUUGAUUAAUCCUUAACAAUAAUAAUAAAUAUAUUUAACUUAA